AUGUCCUUCCAUUCGGGCCGCGGAGGAUGCCCGCGGGGCCAGGGCCCGCCGCCGGGCGCGCGGACGUCGCCGUCGCCGCAGCCCUACCGGCCGCAGAGCCUGCGGCAGCUCCCGCCGCCGCCGCCGCCGGGGCAGUACCCGUACGAGCAGCCGCCUCCGACGGCGCCGCCGCCGCCGGCCUACGCGAGCCCGCCGCCCGCCGCCUACCUGCCGCCCCGCGCCGACUUCGUGCCCUACCCGCCGCCCGCCGCCCCCGUGAGCCAGUGCCCCGCGCGGCCGCCCUUCCCGAGCCACGCCAUGCGGCAGAGCUUCCCGGUGCCCCCCUGCUUCCCGCCCGCUCCGCCGCCCGUGCCGAGCGCCGCCGGCGGCACCGCCGUGCCGGGAGCCGCUGCGGGGCAGAGCGCCUUUCCCUACAUGAUGCCGCCGCCCGCCGUUCCGCACGCUCCGCCGCCGCCCGUCGUGCCGCAGCAGGUCAACUACCAGCCCGUGUACUCCGCGGGCUACUCCCAGCAGUCGUUCCCGCCGCCCGGCUUCGGUAGCUACCCGCACAAUUCCGGCUCGUUCCAGAGCAGCGCUGCCAGCGGCGGCGGCACUGGCCAUUUUCGGCACGCGGGCCAGUACCAGGGAGAGAAGCCGCCAAGCGAGCGGCGGUCGCCGGAGCGGAGCAAGCACUACGAGGAGCACCGGCACCGUGAGCACGGGCACGUGCACGGCGACAGGCACCGCUCCAACAGCCACGGCGAGCGCCGCGACCGGGGCCGCAGCCCGGAUCGCAGGAGGCUGGAGAGCAGCCGGCACCGGGCGGAUUACGAUCGAGGAAGGAUGUCGCCUCACCACAGGAGUUACGAGCGCAGCAGGGAGCGGGAGAGGCACAGGCACCGGGACAGCAGGCGAUCACCGUCCCCAGACAGGUCCUACAAAAAGGAUUACAAGAGAGCAGGAAGCCGUUCCCCGAGUAGGGAGAGGAAGAGACCCAGGUGGGAAGAGGAGAGAGAAAGAUGGUCUGAGAGCCAGAGCGCCAGCAAAGAGAAGAGCUAUACCACCAUCAAAGACAAGGAGUCAGAGGAGAAUGCAUCGGAAAAAAAUGAAGAGGAAGACGAAGAGUUACUUAAGCCAGUCUGGGUUCGCUGUACCCACUCUGAGAGCUAUUAUUCUAACGACCCUAUGGAUCAAGUGGGGGACUCUACUGUGGUUGGAACAAGCAAGCUCCGAGACCUGUAUGAGAAGUUUGAGGAGGAGUUAGGAAGGCGGCAGGCAAAGGCCAAAGCCGCCAGACCACCAUGGGAGCCGCCAAAGACCAAGCUGGAUGAAGACUUAGAGAGCUCCAGUGACUCCGACUGCGACUCCGAUGACGACAGCAGCUGCUCCAGCAGUUCAGAUUCUGAAGUUUUUGAUGUCAUCGCUGAAAUUAAGCGUAAAAAAGCACAUCCCGAUCGUCUUCACGAAGAGCUGUGGUACAAUGAUCCGGGGCAGAUGAAUGAUGGACCACUGUGUAAGUGCAGCGCAAAAGCCCGACGAACGGGAAUAAGACAUGGCAUUUAUCCUGGAGAAGAGCCCAUUAAGCCAUGUCGCCCCAUGACCAACAAUGCUGGAAGACUGUACCACUACCGAAUUACAGUGUCCCCUCCCACAAACUUCUUAACAGACAGGCCUACUGUUAUCGAGUAUGAUGACCACGAAUAUAUCUUUGAAGGGUUCUCCAUGUUUGCACAUGCCCCGUUAACAAACAUUCCUUUAUGUAAAGUAAUCAGAUUUAACAUUGACUACACCAUUCAUUUCAUUGAGGAGAUGAUGCCUGAGAAUUUUUGUGUGAGGGGUCUUGAGCUCUUCUCUUCGUAUCUAUUCAAAGAUAUUUUGGAGCUCUAUGACUGGAAUCUUAAAGGUCCUUCGCUUGAAAACGAGUCUGCUUGCUGCCCCAGAUUUCACUUCAUGCCGCGAUUUGUGCGAUUUCUUCCAGAUGGAGGGAAAGAAGUACUGUCAAUGCACCAGAUUCUUCUCUACUUGUUACGAUGCAAUAAAGCUCUGGUGCCCGAGGAGGAGAUUGCCAACAUGCUUCAGUGGGAAGAACUGGAAUGGCAGAAAUACGCAGAGGAAUGCAAAGGGAUGAUUGUUACCAGCCCUGGCAUGAAACCCAGCUCAGUUCGCAUCGAUCAGCUGGACCGCGAACAGUUCAAUCCUGAUGUAAUUACUUUCCCCAUCAUUGUCCACUUUGGGAUACGACCUGCUCAACUCAGUUAUGCUGGAGAUCCUCAAUACCAAAAGCUGUGGAAGAGUUACGUGAAGCUGCGUCACCUGCUGGCCAACAGUCCCAAAGUCAAGCAGGCCGAUAAGCAGAAAUUAUCGCAACGAGAGGAGGCGCUGCAGAAGAUCCGGCAGAAGAACACGAUGAGACGCGAGGUGACUGUGGAGCUGAGCAGCCAGGGCUUCUGGAAAACCGGGAUUCGCUCCGACGUCUGCCAGCAUGCGAUGAUGCUUCCUGUCCUCACACACCAUAUUCGCUACCAUCAGUGCCUGAUGCAUUUGGACAAACUGAUAGGCUACACUUUCCGAGAUAGAUGUUUGCUGCAGCUUGCCAUGACUCAUCCAAGCCAUCACUUAAACUUUGGAAUGAAUCCGGACCAUGCCAGAAAUUCCUUAUCCAACUGUGGGAUUCGACAGCCAAAGUAUGGAGACAGAAAAGUUCACCAUAUGCACAUGAGAAAAAAAGGGAUAAACACGUUGAUAAAUAUUAUGUCUCGUUUGGGACAGGAUGAUCCAGCUCCUUCCAGGAUCAAUCACAACGAGCGUUUAGAAUUUCUGGGAGAUGCUGUGGUGGAGUUUUUAACAAGUGUCCACUUGUACUACCUGUUUCCCACCCUGGAGGAAGGAGGACUAGCUACGUAUCGAACUGCCAUCGUGCAGAACCAACAUCUGGCCAUGUUGGCCAAGAAGCUGGAGCUGGAUCGGUUUAUGCUUUACGCCCAUGGCCCGGACCUGUGCCGGGAGUCGGACCUGCGCCACGCCAUGGCCAACUGCUUUGAAGCCCUCAUAGGAGCUGUGUAUUUAGAGGGGAGCCUAGAAGAAGCCAAACAAUUAUUUGGACGUUUGCUCUUUAAUGACAAGGACCUGCGGGAUGUAUGGCUUAAUUAUCCACUACACCCACUCCAACUGCAAGAGUCCAAUACUGACAGGCAGCUCAUUGAGACCUCUCCAGUUCUCCAGAAGCUCACGGAGUUUGAGGAGGCAAUUGGAGUCAUUUUCACUCAUGUUCGGCUACUAGCACGGGCCUUCACCCUCAGGACUGUGGGUUUUAACCAUCUGACUCUAGGCCACAAUCAGAGGAUGGAAUUCCUGGGUGACUCCAUAAUGCAGUUGGUAGCCACAGAGUAUUUAUUCAUACAUUUCCCUGAUCAUCACGAAGGGCAUUUAACGUUAUUGAGAAGUUCUCUGGUGAACAACAGGACUCAAGCCAAGGUGGCCGAAGAGCUGGGCAUGCAGGAAUUCGCCAUCACUAAUGACAAGACCAAGAGGCCGGUGGCUCUGCGCACCAAGACUUUGGCCGAUCUCUUGGAAUCCUUUAUUGCUGCCCUGUAUAUUGAUAAGGAUUUGGAAUAUGUGCACACGUUCAUGAAUGUGUGCUUUUUUCCACGUUUAAAGGAGUUUAUUUUAAAUCAAGAUUGGAAUGACCCUAAAUCUCAGCUUCAGCAGUGCUGCUUGACUCUCAGGACAGAAGGAAAAGAGCCAGACAUUCCUCUUUACAAGACUCUGCAGACCGUUGGACCUUCCCAUGCCAGGACCUAUACGGUAGCUGUUUAUUUCAAAGGCGAAAGAAUAGGAUGUGGUAAAGGCCCAAGUAUUCAGCAAGCAGAAAUGGGAGCUGCAAUGGAUGCACUUGAAAAAUAUAACUUUCCCCAGAUGGCCCAUCAGAAACGGUUCAUUGAACGGAAAUACAGACAAGAGUUGAAAGAAAUGAGGUGGGAAAGAGAGCACCAAGAGAGAGAGCCAGAGGAGACUGAAGAAGCAAGGAAAUAAAAGGAGGGCACGGAAGCAGUGGCAUAUUUACUUACUUAAUAACUCUGACUGUGGCCUAUGGAGACCCAACCUACUUUCUUGCUGAUGAUGAAUGAAGGGUGCCUGUCGGUAUCAAAUACAAAAUCUUAACCUCUUCUUAAAAAAGUGUGUGUAUAUAGAGAACAUUUUGGUUUUAAAUGCGAGUUUGUUUUAUUUUGUUUUUUCUCCUCUGAGGUUUGUUUUUAAGUCCCUUUAAUUUUUAUGGAAAGUUGUGGGAU